AAUUACUAACAACGUUUAACGAUUUAAUUGUCAUUAAAAAAAAAAAAUAUUCUUUUUUAUUAAUACCGAAAAAUAAAAUCCAAAAAUUCAUAUUUCUUGAUUAUUAAUCGACAGUUGUCACUAUUUUUAAUUUGAAACUGCAUUUUUGAUGAUAGACAAUUUUUAUUCAUUAUUGCGUAAUUCUAAUGAGAUAGAACAUUGCACGCAUUCUCUAUAUUGUCAUCAACGAGUCAUUUCUGAGGGCCAAUUUAUUAUUCUAAAAAUAUGUCUCUAAUUUUGCAAAAAAAAUUCGCUCACAGAGGAUAAAGAAAAAAAUAUUUUUGUAAAACGAUCAGUCAGUGUCAUAGAGAAUAAUGUUUCGUUUCUAGAAAACAAUUUUUUUUUUCGGUGCAUUGUUUUCUUUUUUAAAAAAAAAGAAAAUUCAUUAACAGAAGGAUAGAAUAAAAAAUUAUUCAUUAAUAGAAGAAUAAAUAAUAUUUAUAAAAUAAAUUAUUUAAGAAAAAAAUUGCAAUAAAAAUAAAUAAUGCAUUAAAAAGCAGAGAAAAAUAUUAAACCAAUAUUUUGUAUAAGACGAAUUAAAACAAGAAAAAUUUUAAUUAAAAACAAGAAUUUAAAAGAUUAAAAAAUAUUUAUAUUGAAAAUAGAACAAUAGAAGAGUAAAAAUAUUAAAUUAUUUAAACAAAAUUAGUAAAGAGAAACAAAAUUAGUAGAAAAAAAAAAUUUCACAAUAGAAAAAAAAAAUAGAAAAAAUAUUUUAAUCAAAAUGAAAUUAAAAAUAUAUUUGACAAUAAUUUUGAAUAUUUUCUAUUAUUGCAAUGGUUAUCGUAUUUUGGGAAUAUUUCCAUUUAAUGCAAAAAGUCAUUUUAUGAUGUAUGGUGAAUUAAUGAAAGGACUCGCAAAAAUGGGACAUCAAGUGGACGUGAUAAGUCCAUAUCCAUUGAAAAAACCCUAUCCUAAUUAUUCGGAUGUUAUUGUUUAUCCUCAAGUCACGCAAGGACUCGUGAAUAAUUUAACAUAUCGCGAGAUGAAAUUGUACACUUCUGGUACGCCAGUAGCAUUUGUUGGUAGCGUUGCUGGUAAUCAAAUUUGUCAAGGUAUGGCCGAUCCAAAAGUUUUUAAUUUUCUACAAAAUCCACCCAAUGAUCCACCGUAUGAUGCAAUUAUUGUCGAGAUUUUUGGAGCACAUUGUUUUUUGGCAUUGGGUUCAAAAUGGAAUGUUCCUGUAAUUGGUGCAAGUUCCGCUGUUCUUUAUCCCUGGAUGCAUGAUAUUAUUGCAAAUCCCGAAAAUUUGGCAUUUGUCUCAAAUAAUUUAAUAAAUUAUGCAGAGAAUUUGGAUUUUUCAUCAAGACUCUAUAAUGUCAUUAGUGCUAGUUUUAAUAAAUUUUAUUUCAAUUACAUCACAGCUUCUCAAGAUGAGAUUAUAAGAAAAUAUUUAGGACCAAAUGCAAUGGGUGUUAGAGAAGCAGAAUCAAAUGUUGCAAUGAUUCUUGUUAAUUCAUAUUUUUCUCUAAAUGGCGUAAGGCCAUUUACACCAGCACUUAUCGAAGUUGGUGGUCUUCACGUUCAAGACGAAAGUCCCGAAUUGUCCAAGGAUCUGAAAAAAUGGCUCGACGAAAGUAAUGAAGGUGUUGUAUAUUUUACAUUUGGUUCAAUGGUGAGAAUAGAGACAUUUCCCUUAAAUAUAAUCGAUAAUUUUUACAAAGCAUUUGCGAAAAUUGCUCCUGUUCGGGUUUUAAUGAAAAUACCAAGAAAGGAAGAUUUACCGGAGGGACUGCCUGACAAUGUUCUCGUACUACCUUGGAUGCCACAAUUGAAAAUUUUACAACAUCCAAAUGUAAAAGUUUUCAUAACACAUGGAGGUCUCAUGGGAACUCAGGAAUCGAUAUAUUCUGGAGUACCAAUGAUAGGCAUACCACUUUUUGCUGAUCAAUUUGUAAACAUUGAUUUAUAUGUAUCAAAAAAAAUUGCAAUCAAAUUGGAUAUUGACAAUUUUAAUGACAAAGAUUUAGUUCAUGCAUUGAGUUCAAUUUUAACUGAUCCAAAUUAUAAAAAAGCAGCAAAACGUAUUUCUGAACAAUUUAAAGAUCGACCAAUGACACCAAUUGACACUGCCGAAUAUUGGAUUAGAUAUAUAAUAAAAAAUGGUAAAAAUUCAUUAAGAUCACCGGCAAUGGAUUUAUCAUGGUGGCAAUUGGCUUUACUUGAUGUUUAUGGAUUUUUACUUCUCUCCUGUAUUCUACUGUUGUUCUUAAUUUACAUUCUUGUGAAAUUAAUAAGAAACAAUUUAUUUAAAAAUAAAAAAGUACCAUUUUCUAAAAAAGUCAGAUAACUAAUUUUUUAAUUAUUAAUAAUUUUUAAUUACUAAUUUUUAAAUUACUAAUUUAUUUAUAUUGUAAAAAUAUAAUGUUGAAAAUUUUGAAAAUAU